AUGGAUAAAUACCGAAAGAACGAAAAAAUCCAGAUAUUGCUCACAAAGAGAGCGUCAAUGUCAACUACUGUAACAGAUGCAGUAAUCAAGGGUGCUGUUGGAGGUGCUGGCUUUGCCGCGAGUGCCUACAUGCUCGCCAAGUUCAUUGUGGCCACGCCCGUGAAAACCGCACCACUUGGCGAUGCUGAGCAUGAUAUGGACGUGGUGCUGUGCUUUAACACGAAAAAUUACUCACAGGAAGCGGUGGAUUUUUUUAUACAAAUGGUGGAGAAGCAAAGCCACUUGAUCGUCGUUCCCAAGCCAUUGAACGUGCUGGAAGAAGACGAAGAAGAAAAGAAGAAAAAAGAAGACACGAGGAUGACAGAGAGGUAUUAUUUGCUGGGCGGCACACACGCUACAUUGGUGGCUAUCAAGGAGAAAAAGGAGCGGGCGUUGUAUGGCGAAGUGAGCGAGGAGCCUGUGCCUGAGCGCUUUUGUUCUGGAGACCGAAUCGAUCUCCUUCUCUUUGAAUUAGGGCGUUUAAAAGCACGCUCAUCGUACUAUUGCUCAACUGGAGAUGAUCAGAGUGAGAAGGCGGAAGACAAUGUGGUGAAAAUGCCUGAGCCGUUUCAGGAUGAGGAGCAUGGUCUACUGCUGCAACAGGCCAUGCAUUCCAAAUUGUUGACAGACCACUUUCCGUUGCAUGACGACAAGGAACGCAGUGAGCUUGUUGAGAAGUGGGUGAAAAAUUGGACGAAACCGCAACCGAUUAACACUGUGCGCUCGUACUUUGGAGACGAAGUGGGCUUUUACUUCAGCUUUCUUGGAAUGUACACGCAGUGGCUGAUACCAUUGGCAGCAGUCGGUUUGCUGACGUUUGUGCUUGAUUUCUCUCCGGGCUGGGCUGCGUAUGGCCGCGGAUUGUACUCACUCUUGGUGACGAGUUGGGCAACAGCCUUUCUCAAGUUUUGGAAGCGCCACGAGAGUUCGUUACGCAAUGAGUGGGGUAUCUCUUCUUCAGAUUCGAUGACUCUGGAGCCCGCCCGCACAGAAUUUGUCGGUGAAAAACGAUUUGAUCCGGUUGAAGGGUGCUACUACAUCUACUUCUCAUCAAAGGACCGUGCAAAACGUUACUUCGUGACGAUUUUGGCGACAAUGGCCGCGAUAGCUGUGGUAACCUUUCUUAUGAUGCUUUACUGCUGGAUGGAGGAAUGGUUUGCUGUUGCAUUUAUUCCUGCUACAGGGUGGGAUGGCUUUUACGAAUACGUAUACCUUGUGCCUUCCAUCAUUUACUCGAUCGUGGUACUUUACGUGGAUUCAAAGUAUUCCGAGCUCGCAUCCGACCUGACACAGUACGAAAACCACCGCACCGAGAGUGAUUUUGCAAACGCGCGUGUGCUGAAGUUAGCGUUGUUUUACUUCGUGAACAACUUCGGCUUUCUGUUCUACGUAGCGUUCAAAUCUCGCGAUAUGGCCCUAUUGGAGCAAACUCUGAGCUCGCUGCUGAUCACGCGACAGCUUUUGGGAAAUGUUCAAGAGCAACUUAUGCCCUACAUAAGUAAACAAUCGUCACUCAAGGCUGAAGAAGGAAGGUUGGUCAACGUAACCCAUAACACUGACGCCAUUUUUAAUAAGGUUGACGCGGAGCUUCUCUUCCCUACGUACGAUGGAACCUUUGAUGACUACUUGGAGAUGUUUGUGCAGUUUGGACAAGUGACCCUGUUCGCAGCGGCAUACCCUCUUGCGUCACUUUGGAGCCUGUGCAACAACAUCAUGGAGAUUCGAAGUGACGGCUUUAAGCUUUGCGUCAGUUUCCGCCGAAGCCAUCGAACUUCCACGCAAGGCAUUGGUACAUGGUUCUAUGCCUUCAGUGCACUAGGUUACAUGUCCGUGAUGACGAACUGCGCAAUCUUCGGGCUGCAUUCGGGAUUUCUCCACGGGCUGUUCCCGAAGAUGUCAUUUGCCGGAUUGCUCGUGGCAGUAGCUCUGAUGGAACAUGCUAUGGUGGCCGUGAAGGUGUGCGUGGAAAUGUUCGUCCCGGACACGCCAGCUACGGUAGUUGAAGCGAAUCGCAUAAAGCGUGCUUGGCUCCGCAAGAAGGCAUCGCUUCAAGUGGAACUGUCAUCCCGCCAAGUGCUGCAGUCCCGAGCGUCUUUGGACGGCACGAGUCAAGAGAAUAAUGUGCCUGCGUUGCAAGAAGCAGUUGCCGCAGCUGAUGUGAAUGACUGGCUGAGUCACGAGAAGGAACGUCGCUUGAAGCUGGAACGCGAAUUGAAGAGCCUAAACGAGUUGUACAUGGGCUGGAUCCGUGAAGAACAGAUGAAGCGGAAGAAGACAGAGCAUAAAUUGGCUACACUUAUGGAGAAAGUAAAGGAUCCACUCGAUGCCAUGAAUUCACCCAAGAAGAGCUAG